CUCUCCUACUAUUGGCUAGAAGUGUCCCCACCCAUCGCCUCAGGAUCCCCCCGCAUGGCCUGCCGGGAAGUGUAGUCUUCCGAUUGCAGGAAUUGCGGACAACGCCGGUGAGCGGGACUACGAGUCCCCAUAAGCCUCUGCGCGACUCCGGCUGGGCAGGAUUCCGGACAACGCCUGGUUCCUCUCGGGUCCUUCCGGCGUCGCCGGAGUGAAUUGAUCCGGGAGUUGAAGAGGGCUGCAAGGUGGGAAGUGAAGUCAGUGCCUCAGUUGCUGCUUUCUCCUCUAAAUCUUGGUCUCUUGUUUGGAAGUGACUAACAGCAUUUUGGCAUGAGAAAGCCGUAAAAAGAUCAGUGUGUUUUUUGUGUCCAAUUCUUUUAUCACCAAAAAAGAGAAGAAAUAUUGCAGUGAAUGAAGAUUCCUCUGCAUUUUAGCACUGCUUUUUCAACUGUAGUUGGCUUUUGAAUGAGGAUGACAAUGGAAGAGAUGAAGAAUGAAGCUGAGACCACAUCCAUGGUUUCUAUGCCCCUCUAUGCAGUCAUGUAUCCUGUGUUUAAUGAGCUAGAACGAGUAAAUCUGUCUGCAGCCCAGACACUGAGAGCCGCUUUCAUUAAGGCUGAAAAAGAAAAUCCAGGUCUCACACAAGACAUCAUUAUGAAAAUUUUAGAGAAAAAAAGCGUGGAAGUUAACUUCACGGAGUCCCUUCUUCGUAUGGCAGCUGAUGAUGUAGAAGAGUAUAUGAUUGAACGACCAGAGCCAGAAUUCCAAGACCUAAACGAAAAGGCACGAGCACUUAAACAAAUUCUCAGUAAGAUCCCAGAUGAGAUCAAUGACAGAGUGAGGUUUCUGCAGACAAUCAAGGAUAUAGCUAGUGCAAUAAAAGAACUUCUUGAUACAGUGAAUAAUGUCUUCAAGAAAUAUCAAUACCAGAACCGCAGGGCACUUGAACACCAAAAGAAAGAAUUUGUAAAGUACUCCAAAAGUUUCAGUGAUACUCUGAAAACGUAUUUUAAAGAUGGCAAGGCAAUAAAUGUGUUCGUAAGUGCCAACCGACUAAUUCAUCAAACCAACUUAAUACUUCAGACCUUCAAAACUGUGGCCUGAAAGUUGUAUAUGUUAAGAGAUGUACUUCUCAGUGGCAGUAUUGAACUGCCUUUAUCUGUAAAUUUUAAAGUUUGACUGUAUAAAUUAUCAGUCCCUCCUGAAGGGAUCUAAUCCAGGAUGUUGAAUGGGAUUAUUGCCAUCUUACACCAUAUUUUUGUAAAAUGUAGCUUAAUCAUAAUCUCACACUGAAGAUUUUGCAUCACUUUUGCUAUUAUCAUUCUUUUAAGAAUUAUAAGCCAAAAGAAUUUACGCCUUAAUGUGUCAUUAUAUAACAUUCCUUAAAAGAAUUGUAAAUAUUGGUGUUUGUUUCUGACAUUUUAACUUGAAAGCGAUAUGCUGCAAGAUAAUGUAUUUAACAAUAUUUGGUGGCAAAUAUUCAAUAAAUAGUUUACAUCUGUUAAA